GAAAGUUUGGCAACAUCGCGUAGUCUUGCUUGGAGUUGGUUCUUGCAAUGACAAAAUUCUAGUUUUUCUCUUAAUUUUUUGUGGCCAAUUUCCCAACAGCAAAGCGUUUAAAAUCGGGGUUUCUCGUCGAAACGGUUCCGCCAUCUUUCAGCUUCAAGUCCCUGUCGAAAUUUCACGGUACAACGGCCCCGAAUCCCUAAAAUUUAUUCACAAUCUAAAGUUGAGCGGACAGCGGAAUCGGGAACUGAAAAUGACGACAAAAUGUAAUUGGUUCACCGUUUAAAAAAGUUUACUCAAAAAUCGUUAAUUGCGAAAACAAAAUCAAAAGAAACAAAAAUUCUACUUUCUAACCAGCCAACUUACUCUUGCUCGACCACAAAAAUAAAUCAUAAGGCAUCAAAAUGGUUUCAACAAGACUAUCUUCGACCGUCGGUAACAACCACAGCAACAAUACAGUUGAGGCCUCCUCAUCUUCAGGAGCAGGCCCCAGUAGUGCUCCACACAUUAACCCCCCUGAUUUUGGGCCGGCCAAAUUCACAAGAAAUAGUGUCACGGCAAUGGCAAACUAUCAAGGGGCUGCUACUGGUAGUAAUUUGACAACUGUAGUGCAAUGUUAUAGACAACAAAAUCCUCCUGUUCAAUCCAAACUUAUUCUGGUGGACUUACCGCAGGAACUAAUAGAAAAGAUUUUCAGCUAUUUAUCUUUCAAAGAAAUUUGCAAACUGCGUUUAGUAUGUCAUCGGGUUGAUCAAAUUUGCGGUUACAUUUUAAAUUCAACGUUUUCAAAACUACAAAACAAAAUGCUCCAAAGGUUUCAGGAGAUCAAAAGUAAAAUGCCUCGUAGAGAGUCUGCUAGGCGUAGUCACUAUUUAGCUUGCGAAAGCGAUAUUGUUGAAACUUUGCACAUGCGACUGACUUUAUUACAAAUGUCGUUUGGCAAACAUAUUGAGCGAAAACAUUGUUGUUUUUUUCCUGGAGAGAUCCUGGAUGAAGUUUAUUCUAUUCUCCAUUAUAUUAGGACUACUCCAAGGCUAGAUUUGCCUUAUAAGGUGACAGAUGAGUUAUUUGAUUUGUCUACAAUGGCAAUGGAAUAUUUUAAGGAAAAAAUUGAACCCAAUUUGCCCGAAAUUGCCUAUUUCAGUGCAGACUUUUUAAAUUUUUCAAGCAGCUUUCCUAGUAACAAUUCUAGUAAAUAUCUUGAAACGUCGAAUUUAUCAUCUGACUCUUCAAAGGUCGACCUCGACGAUGCCGAUGUACUGGAAGAGGAAUACGUCGAAAUACCCCAAUCGAAUAUGGUGUUGCGCAAACGCAUACGUAAAAUUAAGCAAGGCAUGAAACGGUACAAUAGUCAAUUGACCGUUCUGAGGCAAGAAUUGAAAGUUUGCAAGAAAAAAACGUCCGAGCAACAGAAACAGAUUACCGAGCAACAAAAACAGUUAGCGGAUCAACAAAAACAAACUCUAGAAUACGCCACUAGGUUGGACGAAUACGAUAAAAAAAACGAAGAAAUUUCGCGCAAGUUUAGCACAUUGCUGCAGGAGCUGAAUAAAUGCAAAACCGAAUUGCAAUAUUGGCGUUGCAAAUCGCCCGCUACUCCGCCUGUGUGUAACGCCUGCGGUACUCCUGUUAUACCACAGCCGGAAUUGCAGGCACUCGUCAACCAGGGAGUUAAUCCGGAAGGACUAGGUUUGGAACCAGUUUCAGAUUUAGCCAUGGCCGGACAAAUUUCCGAACAAGGAAGCAGCAAGCUUAACGACGAAGACCCGCAGCUUGUAAAACCAGUAGAAAAAGAAUGCAAAGAAGUUGAAGCACCGAUAAAGGAGAAAAAGGCUGAAACGCCACCUACAUCUCCAGGGCCGGCCUCGCGUAGCGCCAAAAGAAAAUCUUCCUGUGAAGAGCGUCCUGAAGAUGAUAUUAAUCAGGCAAAGAAAAAAACCAGGCGGUUGACAAAGGUUCGCUCAAAGCGCGGGGCCGCCAAGGUUUAGGUAUUACAUAAUCAUCAACAGAGACAGUGUUAAUUAAAAAAAAAAACAGCAAAGCAAAACAAAAAUAACUCACUUCUUCCUUUCCCACUCAAGAAAUCGCUUCUGUACUGUAGUAGAUGUGUAGCCGCAAAACAAUGAAAGACAUCAGUGACUAUGGUCCUCUUUCCUCUAGUAAUACUUGAUUUAUAAACUUACAAGGGUCAGGAGAGGAUUUUUUUUUUUUUUGAAAAUCGGAUGAACCUCAUCUACUUGCAUGGUUUAUGCUGGACUGGAACUCAAAGUUGAGUUCAUAAAUCUUGCUUAAAUAUUUUAAAGUAUCAAAAAUCUCUGUAGCAUUACAAAUACAAUAGAUCAUGGUUUUUUUCUAGGGAAUUUUGAAAUGAUCUGAAAUCGCACGCAUUCAAUUAAUGGCAGAGUUGAGUUUGACUGCUACAUUAUAAAAUUAACUAUUUAUUGAUCUCACAUCUAAUUACCAAGAAGCUCAACUCGGCUUGAUUCCACAAUCAAAAUGAUAUAUCAAAAUAGACCUAAUUUCAUACAAAUUAUUCAGCUUUUCAGAAAUUCCAGGAAAAAAAACUCAACAACAAUAUCAAAUAUUUAACUUUCUUGACAUCUCUAGAUGUAGCUUUGAAAAAUACAAACCCCCAGCACGCUGUUUCUAAAUAUUUUCGUAUAGAACGAACAAAUAGUAGCAUAGAGUUUUAUGAAUUUUCAGAGCUUAACACCCCAAUAAGCAACCAGAUUUUAAUUUAUAUUUAAAAACAAAACAGUACAGAUAAUUCAAACAAUAUAAUCAAAUAGGACAUUUUUUUGUACAUACAUAUUUCAUUUACAGUACUUUUACUGGAUUUUUGGUUUGUAUUUUUUUGAUGUGACAAUUGACUUGUAAUUUAAAAAGACCUGAACAUUUUCAUUCCUCAUGCAAAACUUUAAAGUUCCAAAUAUUAAUAUAUUCAUGGUAAAAAAUACAAAUGUUAUAAUAAUCUCUUUGUAUUAGCUAAAAAUUUCAGAACUUGAAAUGUGGAAAAUAGAUUAUCAAUACCUGCUCCACUACAUCGGCAUCUUCAAACAUCGCAUCUAUAUUAAUAUACAGACAUGGAUAUACAGAUUCUAGAAAUAAAAAUGGCAAUGCAAUGACCUACCAACUAAAGAAUAUACAGAUAUACCUUUUGAAACGUCUGAACUUGAUGAUGGCACACCAAGUUUCCGAAUAAACUAAUCUGGCGCAACAAAGGAGUAACUCCAUUGAAUAGCCAAAAAUCAGUAUUUAAUUUCAUAUAACCUUAAAAGCUAGAGAAAUUAGAAUUAAAAAGUUCUGGUAUUUGGGAUGUUCACUUACAACAUUUACGUAUUCACCUGAUGUUCUAUUUUCAGUCAAAUCUCUGAUAGAACUUCGCAUUAUUAUGAGAAACGUCAUCAGUUAAGGAAAAAGUUUAAUAUGAACCAGCACAGAUAUGAUGAUGUUAAAAUUGUCUAUUUUACACAAGUUCUAACAUUUUUAGCUAAUAAAAUGCAAGGUUUUAGAAAAAAGACAUCAAACUGAAACCCUCCAUAGAAUAAUCGUUGCAUGUCUGUAUGUUAUUGGAAAAUAUCCCCUUGGAACAUUUUUUGUUGCAAUGGACAGGCACUCACAGUAUUUGUGAUUCCUAUAUGAUGUUCUUGUUCAGUCACUUUUAGGUUAUAAAGUCAAUGUUUGUAACAUAUCUAUUGAGAAUUAUUAUGAGAGUAAAUUUGUCUUGACUAUUAGUCCCCUUAUAGGUGGCUAAAUAAACCAUACAUGUCCAAGCCAAUUAUUUUUUACCGUGGUUGAACCACAGAUUCCUCACCAUCCAAUUAAAAUACGUCGGUUCUAUUGGUUACAAUCGUCCAUAAAAAAAGUGAAUUUGGUAUUAUAACUAUUGUAUAAGAAGAAGGAAAAAUAAUGAGUUGUUUUUUCUCUCUCUCCAUGCGCGCAGAAACAUUUUUUUAUAAUAAGAAAUAUGUAUUUAACGAUUUAGAAAAGUACAAUAAUUGAAGUCAGCUUUAAAUAUUUGCAGAGAGUGAGCGAUCACCCUGUAUAUUUUAUUAUAUUAAUAAUUAUUAGUCUCGUCGUGUGUCGGUUUUUCAGGAAGGCGGCCAUAUUUUUGUAGUUAGGGUUUUUAGGGCAACUUUUCGAAUCUUCCUUAUAAUUGGUUCGAUAACGUUUUUUUCUCUGUACAUAUCUCCAAAAUUAUAAAUAAAUAACGCAACUUUUUUGGGGCCAAAAUUAAUUAUUCAAUUUCUCGGAACAAAAAGAAAUACAAUCAUACAUUUUACCAGUGCUUGGAGAGAUUCGAAAUUUGCCCUCAACUUUAAUUUUUAAAGAAGAGCUUGAACUUUAAUAUUAAAGCCAGAGCUUUAAUUUUGACAGUUGGUCAGUCUUAACCUUUUGGUUACCAUAUAUUGAUUCGAGAUCAAAACAAGUGCUCUGGUGACGUCUGAAAUGAGAGGUUAAUUGAGAAACGAAUUUUGGAUUAUAUUGUUUUAAGCACAAAUUUAUCAUAUUUUAUAAGAUGUUUGUACAUUCUUAUGAAUGAUCUAACAAUACAAUCAUUGGUUAAGGAAAAAAUAAAAUGGAAAUAUGAACAAACAUCUUAUCAAGCUAAUAAAAGGGUUCACCUUAGCAGCCAGAAGAUUUUAAGUAAAACUUAAGUACCUUAAUUUAGUAUGUAAAAAAAUUUGAUUGUUUAACCCUUAUAAGACUUUGUAAACAGUCUUUUAUGUUUUAAGUUUUAAUUUAUAUGAUGUGUAGAUUAAAUUACGAGUGAUUCUGUAAAACAUGACCCAGUGGUUGGUAAAAGAAAUUUUUAAGUAAGUAUGCAGAUUUUUUUUCAUGUUUUCUUGAAUAGUUCGUAGUUUUUUUUUAAGUUAAUUUAUAGUGGAAUUAAAUCCUAAAUUGCAAUUUUUUUCGAGGUAAUAUUCUGCCGGCAUCUUACAGCGUGGCUUGUCACUCAAGCUUCUGGACACAUUCAAAUCAGAACAAGAUUUUUGUUGGGUUGGCAAUCUAUAAAAUAUACUGAGAGUCAAAUUCCUGGUCUUGAAUUAUAGAGCCACGCUUUUCUUUUUGGUGCUGGCUUUUUAAAGAAACGGUUUAAGGUCGUUCUAUUAUGAAAAACUGCAUAUUUUGAAACAGUGCAAUAUAGUCAAGAAAUUAUGUUAAUUAACUUUUGAUUUAUUAAGGGACAACAUUUUUUAGGUAAAAGUUUUUCAACACGACCUUCAGCUGUUUCUCUUAGUAGUUUGCGAAAAUUUUUCUAUAAAAAAUUCUUCCUUGUAAAAUAUGCGCUCCGUAUACAGGGUGAUGCAAUAAAUACAAAAAUUGUGUAUAUUUUUUUCGCAAUACUACGCGUGUCUCAAAUUUAUUCAAAAUUGUUUUUUUUUGUGAAGUUAAGAAUUUGAAAAAAAUUAUAAUAAAAAAUACAAAGACUAACUUAUCUGAGUUUGGUGGUUUCAAAAAUUUAAUUUAUCAAUUGUUUUUUUUUUAAUUAAAAAGUAUUAAUACUGUAAAAAAAAUAUUAAAUUUAAUUAAUUAUAAAAUCUUUAGAAGUAGAUUGUCAGAAGCCAUGUUUUUUCUUCGGGUCCGGUUUCUUAAUAAUUGUUUAAUGAUUAUUUCAGUGUAUAGAUAAUUUUUUUUUUGAGGAUACAAAUUGUUGCAUAUUUUUUUUUGUUUUUUCAUAAGGAUUUAAAUAGGUAGUUCACCCCGACCCGGAGGGAAACUGAAAAAAAAAGGUGAAUAAAUAACUGAACACCUAUUUUUUUUGUUGACUGAAAAGUGUCCUUUUUCGUUUAAUUUUUCGACAAUUAGCGGUAGGAGUGAUAGAUCGAACAUUAUAUUUAAAAAAUGCGAAAAAUUACAAAAAAAAAUCUAUUUUAAAAAUUGAAUGUACAAUGUACUCCAUAUAUUUUAUUUACUUAAUAAAUUAUUUGUGUGAAAAUGAGAU